AUGACUCUGUUCAAAAACUACUUGUCAGAAAUCAGAACGACCGAGCUUCCCAAAACCUUUCGGGAUGCAAUUGAAAUUUGUAAAAGGUUGGACAUUAGAUACAUUUGGAUUGAUUCGCUCUGUAUUAUACAAGAUGAUGAACAAGACUGGGCCAAAGAAUCCGCCACUAUGGCCAAUUUUUAUGGCGGUUGUCUGCUCAAUAUUGCUGCAUCCAGUGCCAGGGACAGCAGCCAAGGAUGUUUCUUCAAACGCAAGGAUCUACCGAGAUGCCAUUUCUCUCUGAAAAUUGAUAAUAAUACCAAUUUUGAGUAUGAUAUCAUGUCCGAGACACCGGAUCCACACCGUGUCAAUAAUCCCCGUCCUUUGGAAAGUCGAGGCUGGACCUUGCAGGAGCGCUUACUAUCUCCACGGGCAGUACACUUUACUCGAGACGAGGUCUUCUGGGAAUGCCAUACUAAAUUUGCUUCCGAAACCUCGCCUUUUGGUUUCAAGGGAGAUUUCAUGCGAGGCAAAGAGCCACUUUCAAUCGAAAAUUGGGCCAAUAUCAUCAGUCGUUACUCAAACCGUAGGUUAACCUACGAAAAGGGUAGACUCAUUGCACUAGCCGGAAUUGCACAGACCAUGUGGUCCCAAAAUAAAGACGGGUAUUGUGCUGGAAUAUGCGAUAUGGUGGACACUGAAACGUGCCCGUUUAUCUUGAGGCUCAUGGAUACAGGGGGAGUAAUUUCGAGGCGUACCGGAAGUUCCCAAGGUGAAUACGAAAGAAUUGGUGCAUUGAAGCAUUCCCCCUUUCAUCACAAAUUCAUAAAUUUUUCCGAGGUAGUUUACGACGACAGAACAAAUCAUGCAGAGGAGAGUGCAUAUAUUCCGAGGGAGAGACAUGAGUUUGAUGAUGAGCAACAUGUCAUAACCUUAGUCUAA